CAGAGCUCACGCCUAAAAGUUGGGGACUUACAUCUGGGCCAAGAUAGAUAGAGCAGGGUCUGAGAGGGAACCUAGGAGCUCAGGCUGCCCUUCAGUUGCUCCUGCCUCUUCUAAUCGCUCUUCCCCACAGGACCUUGCCCCACCACACUUCUCUCUCUCUCUCCUGACCGUCCUGAGCCUGGAUUGCAGUUUUGUAAGGCUUCUGAGCAGCCAGUUCUGGAGUCCAGCCCACAAGUUGGCGAUGCCUACAUCCAGGGUUGCCCCAUUGCUCAACAACAUGGAAGAGGCGGUUGAGUCACCUGAGGAUAAACAAUUUGAAUACUUCUCAGAUGCUGUAUUCAUUCCCAAAGACAGCAAUACUUUAUCUGUAAAAGACAUUAAGAGAAUUGAGACUGCCGUGAAAGAAGGGAAGGUAGUGGAAGUGGUUUCUAUAGUUAAAGAGAUCAUACAUAACGUUUCCAGAAACAAAAUAAAGAUCGCUGUGACUGGGGACUCUGGCAACGGCAUGUCAUCUUUCAUCAAUGCCCUCAGGCUCAUUGGACACGAAGAGAAAGAUUCAGCUCCCACUGGGGUGGUGAGGACCACCAAGAAACCAGCCUGCUACUUCUUUGACUCCCACUCUCCCUAUGUGGAGCUGUGGGACAUGCCUGGCUUAGGGGCCACAGCCCAGAGUGUGGAGAGCUACCUGGAGGAGAUGCAGAUCAGCACAUAUGACCUUAUCAUCAUCGUAGCUUCUGAGCAGUUCAGCUCAAAUCAUGUGAAGCUGGCCAUAACCAUGCAGAGGAUGAGAAAGAGGUUCUAUGUCGUCUGGACCAAGCUAGACAGGGACCUCAGCACAAGUACCUUCCCUGAACCUCAGCUACUGCAGAAUAUCCAAAGGAAUAUCCAGGAGAAUCUCCAGAAGGAGAAAGUGAAGGAGCCCCCCAUGUUCCUGGUAUCUGUCUUUAAGCCUGAAUCACAUGACUUCCCAAAGCUUAGGGAGACACUACAAAAAGACCUCCCUGUCAUCCAGUACUAUGGCCUCGUCGACACCCUUUACCAAGUCUGUGAGAAAGCUGUUAAUGAGAGAGUAGAGUCCAUUAAAAAGAGUAUAGAUGAAGAUAACCUACACACAGAGUUUGGGAUCUCGUAUCCGGAUAACGCGAUAGAGAUUCGGAAAGCCUUCCAUAAAACCUUUGGUGUGGAUGACAAAUCUCUCCACCAGGUUGAUCUGGAAAUGGAAAAUACAACGCUAGUUGGGAAUUUCAACGCUAGUAUGGAGUCCCAGGAGACCCAGAGGUACCAACAAGAUGACUGGGUGCUGGCUUGGUUGUAUCGCACUGGAACCCGGUUAGGCUCUAUGGGUUUUGACAAAGUGAAGUGCUGCUUUAGCUCUCAUUACAAUCGAUGCAAACAACAGAAAGAUGCACUUGAUGAAACUGCUGCCAAAGCUAAGGAAGUUCUGUUAAAAAUCCUGAGACACUCCAUUUCCUCAUCCUUAGGAAGGUUUAGACAACUGAAGUCUUCUCCCCAGCCCUGUACCCCAUGUGUACCCCCAGUUGAGAUAACACCCCCCUCCCCCACACCAAGGGAUCCAAGUUCCUUGAGAUUACUAGGCUGACUUUCUUAAUGGGUAUCCCUCUCGUGAGACACCAUAAUGGGUAUUGCUAACUGAAUUACCUGGGAUCCGACUAUAGGACAAGUUUCCCUGCUCUAAUUGCUCGGAAUGCCACGUUUGACACAUGCUCACCUUAGCGCCUACGAUGAGGGGCCUCUUGGUCUAUUCCUGUCUCUUUUGUCUCUUUUCGUCCUUGACUCUGGAGAUGGAGUAUCCCUUAAGGAAUGGGGAAGAGCUUGUCUUUGGCUAUUGUCUGAAAAACAUGGCCAGCAGAGGCCUGUUCUCCAACCCCUCCUCUGAUCUGUAAAGAGGAGAGAGGCAUUAACUCUGGCAUUACUAGUAAUAGGAUUCACACAGUGCUGAAGAGAAGGAUUCUCAGCACCCUACACUACCCUUGAUGGUGUCAAUGGUAUCAUGAUUAGUCCUGGUCCUUCACACUCUGGGCUCUCAGUCUUAUACUGGACUUCAACUUCUUCAGCAGCUCCUAAUUCUGCAGGCUGCACCUCCAUCCAGACACACACGGACUCACCUUCCACCUGCUUGUUCUUUGGUUAAUGUGGUUCCAUGGAAGUCACAGGAGAGGUCUGCAAAGAAACCGCAGAGGUUUUGUCUGUCGUCUUUAUGACAUUCAUAUGUACUCAGAAAUAAUUCCUGAGGUCAAGGUUAUGGUAUAGAUGCUGCUCCGGAAUGUCGACUGUAAAUAAGAAAGUGUGUUUGCUCUUUAAAAGCUGGCCUGAGGUUGUAUGUGUUGGUCACAGGGUAUCUCACCUGGCCCCAGCAUUGAGGAAACUGUGAUCUCACUGUUGGCCAGGCUGGAGAAGCAGGGUGUGAAUUCUCUCCGUGUCUUAGGUCAUAGACAUAGAUUUUUCUCUUUGCUGGUUGUAUGUACAUACCUAUCUAUAUACAGAUACAGAAGUAUAUGUACACAGAUAUUAUAUAUUCAUCACACUCAUUUAUUAUGCAUUGUAUGUAACACACAUGUAGUGUUGAUCUUUGUGAUGGAAUAAAUAAUCACAGUAUAUUAAAUAAAUAGAUGUAUUAUUUUUGUUCUUUA